AUGCUCCGUCGCAUGCUUUUCACCGCCGCUUGCGCGCUUCUCUGGCUAAUCGUCGCCGGCGGCGCGAUCUCAUUCGGUUUCUUCUACACAACGACUCCAACUCGGUGGUAUCAGGUUCGCGCGACUGAGUUGAUCACCUGGCGCAACACAUUGAUACUACAGUACAAUUUUGCCAACGCAACAACUGGGAGGGCAACGCCGCUGCUAUCCGGUGGCUACAGCUUCUUGUUGAUAUGGCAGUGGUGCGGCACGCUGGCAGUGGCGCUCGGUUCAGCUGGCCUGCUGUGGCUGUCUUCCAUUACUGCUGCCGCCAACAAAGCCUCCAUGUCGCACCCGCCGAAACCAGUCAAAAAGAGCGCUAGCGGUCUAUCCUGGUCUGUUGGUGCUGCUGCGAGAAAGGCCGUCAUUCGCGUCCGGCGGCUGCUGCGCUAUCAGGUCCCCCCUCGCGGCUUGUGGCGGUCCAUCCGGGGUCCCGAGGGGCUGUCUGUUUUGGACUUGCUGCUGGUGCUGCUGUGGCUGGGCCUGCAUAUCCUCUGGUUGCGCGAGAUGACGAUGCGUGUACUAGACAGCAGGCGUGCGGCCCCACCGCCACCAAAAGCUGCUAAGAAGCUCAAGCCCCUUCCAGAAGUUGUUCAAGACAGCGUUGCCAAGUACUCUGGCUGGGUCGGGCGUCUGGACAUUCUGCUGCUGUUCUUCCCACUACCCCGCUGCAAUUUUCUGCACUGGCUGCUGGGAUCCGAUUUCGCCUCAAUGGUCAAGUACCACAGGUGGCUGGGCCAAGGCACUCUGCUGGUAUACUCCCUCCAUGGAAUCACCUAUCUGAGCAUCUGGGCGCACAGUGGCGUUUUGUCGACCAUGCUUGACUGGAACAUGGGUGCGGGCGUCAACCGGCUCUCCGGCCUUGUGGCCAUGUGUGGCGGCUGGCUGUUGUGUUUAACCAGCUUGAGUUUCGUCCGGCGCCGCUUCUACAGCCUCUUUUACAGCUGCCACAUCUUGGGCGCGACCAUGUUCCUGCUGUUCGGGUUCAUGCACCGGAAGGACGUCGCUACCUGGGUCAUGCCAGGCAUCUUUCUGUACCUUGUCGACGUGGUACUCCGCACCCUGCAGCAGAACUUCAACGGUGUGAAGAUGAAGAUAGCGCCGGCGGCUACGGGGGCCGAGGUCAACUUCCCUUUCUCUUCUACUUGUGCGGCAGUCGCCCGACUGUCUUCUCCAAACGGCGGGGAGCUGCUAUCACUCAGCAUCCGCUGCCACGAGUCUAUCCACUGGGUGGGCGGUGACACCGUGUUCCUGAACGUGCCCGCUGUUAGCUGGUUCCAGUGGCACCCCUUCACCAUCGCCUCCGAGCCCUCCGCCGCCAACAUCAUGGAGCUCAAGAUCAAGAAGUACAACCGCUGGACGAAGGCCCUCAUUUCGCGAGUGUCAAGCGAUCCCCUUGCUCUGUACGUCAGUGGACCGUACGACAAUAGCAAUCGCAAGUGGAUGAAGAAGUUUGACACACACGUCUUCGUGGCGGGUGGCGUUGGGAUCACUCCCGCUUUGGGGAUGAUUUUGGAGCUGCUCGCCGCCCGUCGCCAACAGCCCGCCGGGAAGGGAUCUAAUGCUGAUCGCAUCAUCCUGGUCUGGGUCAGUCGUACCAUGGACGAGCUGCGUGCCCUGCCGUACGAGAUUCUGCAGGCUGCCAGUGACGGGGUUGCUUCCGGUGUGGACCUCUAUCUGCACCUGACGUCGUCGACCGCAGCGCCUGAUGGCAAGCACUCACAAGCCGCUGGAGUCACCACUGUCGCCGCCAAGGCCGCCGCCGACGGAAAAGCCUCCCUAGAGGGUACCGCGCCGCCGGGUUCUGGGAGCCGCAGCAGCAAUGAUUCUGUCAUGACGCCCCAAGCUAUCGGAGAGGGGCUUUCCGGGGCUAAGCUUCCGUCGGGAGAUGAAGAUGCUUUCGGUGGCUUGGCGACUGCUGCUCGGCCUCUGUCUCACCCGUACAUGUUUAGCCCGCUGCUGUGGAUGGCGGCUGUGGUGCUCAGUUUCACAGGCGGUUUUGCAGGGCUGAUGUGCUCGCAGGCGUACGAUGCCCAUCUGUCUCGUACGGUGACCGUACGGAAUGACUUUUCGUUCGUGGGCAUGAUGCAAUUCGCUGCGCUAGGCCUUGGUUCGACAUUACCGCCUGCAGUACUUAUGCUGGGGGCGCAUUUGUGGAGGCGACUUGCGCGACCGAUCACAUGGGCAUCGUUUCGAACUACUGCAAGCAGCUUCCGGUCGUCUAACGACCAGGCCGUUAGCACCGCGAUUAGGACCAGCCUCGACGACGCGCCUAAGAAGGCAUCCUUCCCCACGCCCGCCAAGGCUCUCACGUCGUACAUCAAGUACGGCAGGCCCGACCUGUUGACUCUGUUGCACCAGGUUGCUAUGACCGGCGGCAUCGCACCCGAUGUCAACGCCACCGGACCCACCAGCGGCGAGCUGUUGGAUGCGAACUUCAGUUCUGCGGACUUAGCGCUAGAGGAACUGCGUGUCGCUGUGUACGCGGCGGGCCCUGAGCCUCUGGUCGGAACAGUCUCGGAGCUGUGCGCGUCUCUAAACGGGCUAUGGGGCCGCAAGGGGCGGGCAUACCUGCACUUCAAAUCGAUCACCCACGAGUUGUGAUGCGACGUCGUCAGUCUAGCUGCUCGUAUCUUGAUUCUUGUUGUUGUCCGACCACAUCAUUGUGCGACAGCUAGCGAGGCAGGAGAAAACCGCUGUCAUAUAAUUUUUUUUGCCCUCAACACGUUUGUGUCCAGGUAGGGGUAAGGCGACUGUUAAUAAGGUGUCGUAAGGUAGAUCGAUUGGAGUUAAGGUAGGAGAUGUGAUGGGUCGAUCACCACGCUGCGGGACACAUUAAUGCCUACUGUGGACUGAUAUUGCAUUAUUCGUACAUUUCGAAAAAAUAAAAAGGAAGAUUACGAGGAGCAGGCGUGGGGCAGGAGGCAGGCGCAGAAGUCUGUAUGUCUAUCUGCGUGUGUGUGUGUGUGUUUUACAUGGUCGUGAGGUGCGUUCCCCGUACCUGCAAACCGCCCAAUACGAGCCGAGGGUCUAUCUGAAAGGUGAAGAUAGAGCUGGUCGUAUGAUGUGCCGAGUCCGGGUGCUUGGAUAACCCUUGAAGUGUGAAUCGAAAGUGAACUUGCUAGACUUAUGCCAGUGCGUGCAUGCCUUGAAAUAUCUAUUACCAACCAUCAGAAGGAAAAGGAAACUGACCACGAUAAGCACGUGCGCUUGUAAUGCGAAACAAGCGU